GAACUCCGCCUUCGUCCGCCCACCGCUAACGCGCCGCCGGUCAAGUCAGAUAGUCCCACUCCCCAGACCGGGUUCAACCGCAUCCGAGACGCACUAAUUUGAUGUACAACUGUGCUUACGCUUCACCAAAACACUUCCACCAAAAUAAAACUUCUGAGAAUAUCUCAAUAGUGUUAGAUUUUAUUUUGUAAAUUGAUUUAAAAUUAGUGAAACAUUACAUAAAGUGUACGUGGAACAAACAAGUGAAACUUGUGAAAGUGAACUUUCUAUUAAAGAGCGUUACUGCGAUGAGGUCCUUCGUGAGCACUUACACCAUACAUGAAUCCAAGUAAAAAGGUAAUGGUAGGUGAGAUACCAAAGCUGUGUUUGCUGGUUGCAACACUGGCUGUAGGCUCGGCGGCAGGGGCGUGCGAGCGCGGGCGCACCUGGUGGGACCGGGAGCGAGGAGUCUGUGUCAACUGCACGCGAUGCGAGCCCUUGCGCCUGGCCGUCAAAGUGCCCUGCGAACUCCACAGGGACACCAUCUGCCAACCUCUCCAUGAAAUAAACAUCUUCGACAUCUCUACCACAGACAAUGAACCUAGUGACAAGUUUAGUGAAAUCGAAUACUACGAAGAUUACACGAACUACUACGGUGAAGUGAGUGAGGACGAAAGUGAGAAGUGGAACUUGCAGACGACGACAUUGUCCCUAGCGAUAUGCGGUUGUGUUUUGUUCUUUGUGGUGGUGCUGUACUCGAUGUUUCAUCAUUCAAAGCAAUGGAAGGUGCUGAAGCAGGCUUUGAAAACUGAUGUUCAAGACUUGUCAGCGAAGCUAAAACUCAUGGAGGCGGGCGAGACCCCGGCAGAGCCAGUGGUGCCCGCAGACCACCACAUCUACUGCAACAUUCACGUCGGUCCAGCUUCGAACAAAAAAGGCCUGGGCAACGUCUACACGCAAGAAAUCCACUCUACUUGAUUAUUACCACCGAAUAAGAUUGUACAAAUAAAUAUAAUUUUUAAAAUGCUUAUGAACCUC